AUUGCUUCCUAAAAACCUCAUGCUGACAAUCAAGAAAGAAAUGUGGGGUGUUGCAUUGAGUGCUGUUGUAGCUUUACUGGUCGUCAAGAUCAGUCUCUUGCUCUAUAGAUGGUCAAAUCAUAGCCGCGCUGGCAAGUUACCUUCCGGUUCCAUGGGGUUUCCGGUGAUCGGAGAAACCGUCGAGUUCUCUAAACCUUACAGUUUCGAUGAAAUCCCUUCAUUUGACAGGAAAAGAAUGUCAAAGCACGGUUCGUUGUUCCGGACGAGUAUCAUCGGCUCUAAGACGAUUGUUUCGACAGACCCGGAAGUGAACUUUGAGAUUUUCAAACAAGACAACAAGUGUUUCAUCAUGAGCUAUCCAGAAGCUCUUGUCAGAAUCUUCGGGAAAGAUAAUUUGUUUUUCAAGCAAGGCAAGGACUUUCACAGGUACAUGAGACAGAUUGCUCUGCAGCUUCUGGGUCCCGACAAAUAUAUACACGAAAUCGACUUAGCAACACGCGAGCAUCUAAACUCCGACUCCUCCCAAAGCGUCUUAGACGUCAAAGAUGCCGUUGGAAGAUUGAUACUGGAACAAAUGAUCCAGAUGAUCAUAAGUGACAUCAAACCUGAGAACAAAAACAAACUUAUAGAAAACUUUAGAGAUUUCAGUUUUGAUUUGGUUAGGUCCCCUUUUGAUCCUUCUUUUUGGAAGGCUCUUUACAAUGGUCUUAUGGUAAGAUCUCUUGAUGUCCAUACAAUCCGUUGUAUUGUUUCUAAGAAUACAUUUAAACCAAAUGAGAAUUCUCGAAAAAUAUGUAAAGCGACU